GCAGUGAUCGCGGUGACAGCACGUGUUACAGCUGGGUGGCGGUUUGUCGUUGGAAAAGCGCCGGUAGCCAAUAUAAAAGGGAGGAAGGAAGGAACGUGGUCUUACACUCACAAAUCUGAACGAAAGAGUCUAAUUCCAACCUCCAAACCGAAAAGAGUGAGAGAGAGAGAGAGAGAGAGAGAGAGAGAGAGAGAGAGAAAGAGAAUCCGAAUCAAACAUUAAUGAUACGAGAAACGGAGCAACGCUUCGCGCGCCGAAUAUAUCCGGUAAUAUCGUAAGAGAGACGAUAUAACGUGCGUUCAGAAAGAAAAUGAGGGUGGAAGCGGUGGCAGGAAGCAGGGAAGGAAUGAGCUACGGAGAUACCAGGAAGGUACAUCUGUAGAGUGAAGCAGCAGAGAGGACUCACGGCCACCGGACGGUCGAAGCGGAACGACAAGCUCGCUCGCACAUCGCUUUUGGUGCUCACGGCCGCACCGUCAUAAUGCUGACAGCUGCUGGCGUUUAAACAAUACGACAAACUGGCCUUACGAGAUGGACGUGAUCGCGUACAACCACCACCACGAGAUCCGCAGUAUCGCUAGCAGCAUCGACGGCGGUGACAAUGAGAAUCAGUAUGAUGAGGAUCUGUUGUCGAUCGACGAUCUCGACAGCGGUGGCAGCGGCGGCAGCGGCGGCGGCGGCGGUGGCGGCGGCAGCGGCGGCGGCGGCGGCGGCGGUGACAAGCGGAAUAAAUUGCCGCUGCGGAAGAGCCUGUUCGACAACGUAGCGCCCUACAUCGCCUUCCAAUCGCACGACUGCAAGGGCCCGGUCCUGCCGUACGCCGUGACGAGACACUUGAAAUGGCACCUCAGCAGGAUCACGCCGACCUUGGUGCGUCGCACCCUGGUGAACUCCGGCUACCGCCUGAUGAAGAAGUGUCAGAACUGGUGCGGCACCUGGGGCAAGCACAUGAAGUCCGCCUGCUUCAAGGGCGUGAAGGACUCGCAGAAGGUCAAUCAUUUCCCUGGGACCUUCCAGCUCGGCCGGAAAGACCGGCUGUGGCGCAACCUCAGCCGGAUGAUGCUGAAGCACGGCAAACGGGAGUUCGGCUUCGUGCCCCGCACGUACGUGCUACCUCAGGACCUACGCUCCUUCCGCCAGGUGUGGGAGAAGACCGGCGGCAAGGAGAAGUGGAUCGUCAAACCGCCGGCGUCCGCACGCGGUACUGGGAUUCGCGUGGUCCAUCGCUGGUCACAGAUACCAAAGAAACGGCCCGUUGUCGUCCAGCAAUAUCUGUCGCGGCCGAUGCUGAUACGCGGCGCCAAGUUCGAUCUGCGGCUCUACGUGCUCAUCACCACCUUCAACCCCCUCCGAAUCUAUAUGUACCCGGACGGCCUGGUGCGCUUCGCCUCCGUCAAGUACAACGAGGACAUCAACUACCUCAGCGACCGUUUCAUGCAUCUCACCAACUACAGCAUCAACAAGAGCAGCGCUACCUACACCAGCAACAACUGCGCGGACUCAUGCACGGGCCACAAGUGGGCUCUGAGGACUCUAUGGUCGUACCUCGAGCAGGAGCACGUCAACGUAGCCAAACUGUGGGCGGCGAUCAAGGACAUGGUUGUGAAAACGAUGAUCGCCGGCGAGUCUUCCAUCAACAGUCUAACGAGGGCCAACGUUACCUCGAGGUACUGUUGCUAUGAACUUUUCGGGGUCGAUAUUCUCCUCGACGAGAACCUGAAGCCGUGGUUACUCGAGGUGAAUAUAUCGCCCUCUCUGCAGUCUUCCUCGCCGCUCGACGACGCCGUCAAAGGGCCCCUCAUUAGGAACGUCUUCAAUAUUGCCGGAUACCAUCUGCCCGCGUGCAUACCGAUCGAAGAGAUGGAGAAACUGGCCGAGAGGUAUCAGUUGGACCCGCUAUCAAUUGCCCAAGACUACAGACUGUAUCGGACCAGUCUGAGCUACCAAGAACGGCACAAGCAGUCCAUGUACUUGAACCUGAAGAAUCGGGAGGACUACCUCCACGACAUAAUCGACGAUCUCACGCCCGACGAUGUCAGGCACUUAAUCACUUACGAGGACGAGCUGACGCAGCUGGAUAGGUUCGAGAAGAUCUUCCCUACCGCCGACAGUCACCGGUACUCGCAGUACUUCGACGUGCCGAGGUACUACAACAUGCUGUUGGACGCGUGGGAGACCAAGUACGGCGACCGCAAGCGGGAGGCGGGGAUCUCCCGGUUGCAGAAACUGUGCAAGACCAAGUAUCACUUGGAGCAGCAAAUGGUCUUUUAGAUAGUCAUUCGUGUCCGUCCGGACUCGCCGCCGGUCUGGAAAGAUCUCGUGUGCGUACGCCCUUGAUAAACAAACGCAAACCCUCGGCGAUGUCGAGGCAUCGAAGAGGUGCGCAGCGCAGCCGCGACGUCGUGAGGAUACUUUUUAUUUCAUUAUACACCGUGCGCUCGCGCACGUGUGCCAUCGUGCGUGCGUGCGUGCGUGCGUGCAUUCAGAAGUAUACGGGUAUUGUACGUACCAUUUUAACCGCCCCGGCACUCGUUUCUCGACUCGUCGGGGCAGGUUCAUUAUGUGCCUUUCUCACGGUUGUGCGAAUUUACUUGAUACUAGAAAAAUUCCUCUUUAAUAAAGACAUUUUUUGGUAAAUCGCGCUCUCUAAUCGCAGGACAUCACCAACACCGUCCGCCCUCCGUCUCCUCUUUGCCCCCUCCAUUAGCA